UAGGAUUAAGUAAAAAAAGAAAAAAAUGCAUUUUAGUGUGAAGGAAGACGCGAUAAACCAGUAAUGGUUAUCGAGCAGCGUCACCUACAAGGAAGUCUAACAUCAAAUUUUAUAAAGGAGUAAAAAGACGAACAUUAAAUACUAAGAGAAUACGGAAAUAGAAUAUAUUCAGGCGACCCGAAUAUCCGAGUCUCGUUCAUAACGAAGGAAGCAAGCGACUCCAGUCACAACAGGCGGGGUAACCAUGUCAACCGCGUUUUAUUAGAUAUCAGAGUGAUAAACCAUAGCAUUAUGAGGUAACUAUGGAUAAACGGGCUAAGAAACCUCGCUUGUCAGCUGCAGUAAGGGCCAUUGUUUUGGGGGUAGUACCUCAUUCGGAAGACAUUAAUAACAAACAAUAUUAUUGGAAUCAGGUUCCGAAAGGGUUUUUUAAAUCUAUACGGUACCGUACCGGUACUCAUGGAACUCUACAGUGGCCUGAUGAUUGGGUGCUGGUGGCAAAUUCAUACAUGAACAGAAAAAGAGAUCAACUUAAAAAGUGCAGAAAAUUGAUUAUUAAAAGUAUCAAGUCAAUCAAUUCGAGAGGCUGUGGAUCAGAUCAAGCAAUCCUGGCAAUGACAAAGAGGAAAGCUGACAGCACAUCAACUCUAGGUGCUGGCAGGUGACAGGUAAGAAGAGAGCAUGAAUUUUUUAAAUUUAAAUUUAAAGAUGUCAUAAGUGGAGUCACGUAGA